UGGUCUAGAGAAGCAUGGAGGGGUGGGCUGAGAUGAGGCUUGGCCCCCCUCUACAAGGUUUUGUAUUUGGGGACAGAGAUGGGUAAGUGGGAGACAGCGGGGGCUGGACCAAUGUAUUUCAUCUGAUCCUUGGAGGGAAGUAACUGGCCACUGAAAGGUCCGGGAGUUUCAGGACCACUAAGGAGCAGCAGGAGAGAAAGAAGCCCCCUGAGCUAUAGCUCUGUGGUCCUGGAACUGUGGCUAAAGUCAGAUGCAGGUUCUAGACCAGAGAGCACCACCAGUCCCACCUCUAGGGCCCUUUCCCCUCUAAAUGGGCAGGGUGGAUAUUGCUCAGCACCCCCCUCCCCCCAUUGGCUUUGUCCCAAGCUACUUAUUUAGAGCUGAGGGUUGUUCCUCAAAAUGUACUGACUGUAACGUGAGGAUAAUGAUAUGGAGUCCUGACCCCUCUACCCCCAAAGAUGAGAGAAGGGGGUUUUCCGUGGACUGUUCCUCAAAUGUACGGACUGUAACAUGGGAAAAUGAUACUUCCUCUGACUCCCUCCUUUAAAGCGAUGAGGUGUGAAUUUUUACAUUUCUAAAGUGAUUUAAGAGCCUCAGGUCAUUGAAUGAGAGAUGUCAAAUGAGUUAGGGAGCCUUACGCUGUCUUUAUUUCACUUGUAUCGGAAUUACAUCUUGUCUCUAAAGGGAAAGGUGUCAUUUUGGGGGGAAAGGGCGAAAUUACAGCUUUUGUGAUAGGGAAGGCUCCGUGUUGGUUUUUAAAAGUAUAGUUUUUCAUCAGAAAGGCGCUGGAGUGGCACAUGGGCAGCAAGUGUUUUUGUGUCUGUCUCUGCUCUCAGACGUCUUAGAACUCCUUUCCAGUAGGGUUUCCCCAGACGGUGUCCAGUCUGGACAGCAGGGACAGUCACCCUCCAAGCUCUGAGCAGGGUCUCUGAGGACGUGGGGGACACUGAUGUUAGAAGCUGAGACCUGGGUGAGGGCAGGAAAGUGAAGCUGCUUGGUGUUAUCAGCAACCAUAGAAGAUCUGGCUGUCCUUGAGGGAAGGGAAAUCUAACCCUCCAACAGCAGCCAGGCUGUUUUCAAAUUUGUAUCUCUUUACUGUUCUCCUCCCUCCUCCCCUCACCCCCCCAGUUUACAGACAAGGCUGCUGGGGUUUUAUUUUUUCAUUGCAGGAACAUUCCUUUUAAGGGGUGGGUAAUUUCUUACUUGGCAAACUCUCCGCGCUUUUUGUGGCGACACCUGGCCGAGGAGGGAAUGUUGGAAGGGAUUCCGAGCAGGAAGCAAGUCCGCCCUUCUGGUCAGGUCUCCUGCUUUCUCCACCGCCACCUCUCAGGAAUCAGAGGCUCUAGGUUUGAAAAGGCAAGUUAACUCUGAGGCUCUUCUACCGUUUUGAGGUGUUUGUGGAAGAAGAGUGAAGGUUGAGGUGGUGGCCUGGCAGAGGGACACAUGGAAGCCACCUGCCCACUAGCUGAGGAUCGGCUAAGCCCUGGGACUAAUGCUUGCCCACGCUGCUGAGAAUGGCACGGUCGCCCAACCAGGCACCAGGACAAAGGUGAACCCAGGACACUCCUGGACAGCGAUCCUGAUGUCUGUGCUGAGCUGCGCACUGAAGGGUGUGAUAACCCUGGACUCCCCCAUCCCACCAUCCCCAUAAACAACACGUGUCAUUUAGAGAAUGCCUGUUUGGGAGAGGCCUGUGCCAUGGCUGCAGAAGAGAAGACCGGAAACAUUUGCUGCCCUCAUGGAGUGCACAGCCUACUUGGAUCAAAAGGGCCUGUGCCUAAAAUACUGGCUCCCGUGGGCGCCAUGGCUUCCGUGGAGCCCCUGACGGCGCUGUCCCGCUGGUACCUGUACGCCAUCCAUGGCUACUUCUGCGAGGUGAUGUUCACGGCGGCCUGGGAGUUCGUGGUGAACUUUAACUGGAAGUUCCCCGGGGUCACGAGCGUGUGGGCGCUCUUCAUCUACGGCACCUCCAUCCUGAUCGUGGAGCGUAUGUACCUGCGCCUGCGGGCCCGCUGCCCCCUGCUGGUGCGCUGCCUCAUCUACACGCUCUGGACCUACCUGUGGGAGUUCACCACCGGCUUCAUCCUGCGCCAGUUCAACGCCUGCCCCUGGGACUACUCCCAGUUCGACUUUGACUUCAUGGGCCUCAUCACCCUGGAGUACGCCGUGCCCUGGUUCUGCGGGGCCCUCAUCAUGGAGCAGUUCAUCAUCCGGAACACCCUCCGCCUGCGCUUCGACAAGGACGCUGAGCCGGGGGAGCCCGGAGGCCCCCUCGCCCUGGCCAACGGCCACAUCAAAACUGACUGAGUGGGGGACUCGUGGGGGAAGGGCUGGGGUCUCUCAUGGACCCUGUGGAGAAAAGUGCGAAGCUGGUGGAGUUGCCCCUUCUGUACAGCACAAGCCCUGCCUCACCCCAGCCUCAGCCCUGCGGGGUGCACACAGCCCCAGCCUCAGCCCUGCGGGGUGCACACAGCCCCAGCCCGGCCUCAGCCCUAUAGGGCGCAUACAACCCCAGCCCAGCCUCAGCCCUGUGGGGUGCACACAGCCUCCAGCCCUCCACUGUGGGCUGGUGUUGGGGGCGGGCUAUCGAGGCAGCAAAGGGACUUGGGGGUUGGUCCGUGGAUCUCACUCCAGCUCAGAAGCUUCACAGGGACUAGACUGUGUGGGUGACUUUGGAAGCAGCAGGCCCUGCCCUGGCUAAGGGACUCUGAGAAAUGGGCAAAAGGCGAGAGGCAGGUCUGAGGAGGCUUAGGGCUGCUGCCUCGGCCACCUGGUUCCUUCUCACCUGGUUUAGUUGGGCUUUGGCUGGUUCCAUUAGGCAAUAUUCAGGUGCUUGCUUGCAACCAAUACCUCCCCGGGGGCCUGCUGAGAGACUGGGCAGCCAGGAAGCUGCUUGGAGCCGUGCUAGUCUGCAGGGCUGGGAGGCCUUCCCUUGGCUCCUCUCCCUUCCCCCAGGGCCCCACGCUGCUCUCUUGGCCUCCUGGGGGCCCCCUGGUGCUGGAUUCCCACCAACCUUGGGCUUUUGGAGGUUUCAGUCCCUGUGCUUUUGGUGGCGUUUCCCCCCUUUCUCGCUUAUUUUUUAAGGCCUUUACCACUAUCAGCCCUUUAUCCAUGUCAAUCACCCACCAACCCCCAACUCCCACUCCCCGGCCAACACAGCAGCUGCCAGAGAUAGAACCCUGAGACACCCCACCGGCCCUCCGCAGCCUUUCCGCCACUGUUACCCCAAUCCGGUGGGCUGUGGCAGUGCCCUGGUGCUCUUCUCCAUCCAUGCCCUUCGUGGCCCAGUUAACAGUGAAUGACACCCACAACACACAGUCGGGCCAAGAUGGGCCCCACAGAUCCACAGUGGGGACCCAGAGACAGAUCAGUGUGUGUGUGGGGGUGCCGUGGGGAGGGCGGUAAAGGCACGCCUGACGGUUCAUUUUCAGUCCAGUCAGGGGCAGUCUAGCAUUCUAGGGGAUGGGGGAGCAGGAUCCAGUGUUACAUGCAGAUCAUGAAGAAGGAGUGAGGGAGACCCUCCCAUCCUUGGUGGGAAGGGAUCAGUUCUGGAUCUGCCAUAGCCCCAUCCCUGCAGCAAAACCUCCUCAGGGCCCCCCCUCCCUACCCUCCCCACCCUCCCCAAGCACUUCGAGCUUGUUCCUCAAACAGUAUUAACCCUGCCACGCUCAUGGGCAUUGUCAUCCUGGGUGUCCAUGACAGGUCCGUUGCUGGCAGUGGACAGGUGAAAACCUCCCUCCAGCCCACUUCCGGCUCUGCCCCCACUUGCCAAGGGGAGGGUCCAUCAGAACACAGCCUUUCCCAUGGUACGUGGUCUCUACUUGACCACACUAGAACUCUUAGGUAGAAAUUAGCCUUUCCCUUUUUAUAGAACAUUAAAAAGUGAUCAUGCCACCUGUGGAGAGAAUCUCCUCUUCCUUGCUGUGUUGCUCCACCCAGAUCAUGCAGACAGCACCGGGUCAGGGCACGUGGGCGGGUGUGGGCAGGAGUGGUGUCCAGGAUUGGGAGAAGGGCGGGGAGACUCUGGCAGGGUUGCUCUCUGCACUUGACCUUGUCCAGGACGGGAUGAAGGGCGUUUUCCAGCCUCUGUGUCCUGGGUAGGCUCGUCACAUCCAGGCAUGAACUACAUUCUGCUGGGGCCAGCCCUGGCUUUGGUUUACCUGUGGCCCCAAUUCUAGGGCUUCGGGGCUCUUAGGGGCUUCAGGCUGCCAGGGCGGGUAGAUGGUGCUCCGUCUACAGCUGCAGGGGAUUCCAGAGGAAGAACAUUGCCUGGCUUCCCUGUUCCCUCGGGGAUCCUUUCCUUGGUCCUCCCCUCCAACUCCAUGCUAUUUCAGUCUCUUGGACCCCAACACCCCCGCAGGCCCCCAUGUGGGCUCCUAGACCCUACCACCCACCUUCGCUCUCCCCUUCCACGAUGGCAUCUGGUGGUCAGCUUGUUGAUGUCUCCCAGCGUAAGGCCUCCACAGUUCUUGGCCUGCCAAGCCCUUGGAUGGCCCACUGGAUCUGGCCUUUCCAGGUGUUGCCCUGUGGACAUGCCUUGGCACCAGCUUUUCCCUGUGCAGGAGGUCCUGGAGCAAGCCUGCCUCCCUGGCAACGUGCAGAGCAUUGUGUUUCUGCUUCAUGACGCCCCCUGCAAAGGGAGGCAACGAGCCAGGGCUUGGCCACAGGAUGGGCAGGCUCAGUCAGAGCCCAGACCUCAACUCCUCCUUUAUUUGGUAUCUUCAGGGCCCCAGUUCCUUAGUGCCCAGGGCCUCAAGGUUUAGAGGAAGCCCAGCCCUGCCGAGCAGUGGGGGUGCUGGCAGAGAGAGUCGGCUUGCUGUGCAUGAACCGCUGGUGUCCUGGGCCUCUCUGCUGGACAUCGCAGCAUCUCUGAGUUACAGAUCGCCAUGUGCUGCCCCGCAUGGUUGGACCGCUUCCGUGUCUGCUAGGUGACCUGUCCCUCGUGCCCUGUUCCCGCGGAUGCCAGUGAGUCAUAAUGGCAUCGCAAUGGCCUAUGCUUAUUCUCAGCAAUAAUACCGAGGGAGUGGCCAUGAGUCCUUCUGUCCUGGUCCCUUGCCCUCUGCUUGGGUCUCCCGGAGAGGCAGCCGCUGAGUGGGUCAGUUCGUGAGAACCUGUAUCUAUGGAGCUCUGGGCUGUGCAGACGUCUUUGCAGGGGAUGCAGGGACCCUGCGCUGGAGGAGCUACGGUAAGGCAGAGAGCUCACCUGGCCCCUGAGGCCAUCCAGACCCGGAGGAGCUGCAGGUCCUGUCUCUGAGGCAGGCGGGACUGUCUCCCAACUGCGGCAGCUCCUCAGCAGGACACACGACUGGUUUGUGCGCCCACUGCCUGCUCUGUCUCCGUUCGUCUCUCUGUCUUUCUUUUCACAUCCGUGCACAUAAAAUAUACUGGUGUUUGUGUUC